ACAACAUGUCAAACAAUCACAUAUUGAAAGUUGUUGAAUGUUUCCGGGCUCGAUUAAGAUGUCUUGGGUUUGACAUGUUGACUCGACGAUGUCGCGAUAACUUCCCAGUCUGAGUUAAUACAUCCACGGACUGAAUGCAGAAAUGUGGAGGGAUAAUUUGCAGAUAUUUUCACAGAGAUAAAACGACCUGAUCGGAGUCACUUCAUCUGAGUGUUUGCGCACUGUGCUGCGCAUGCGUUGGAGGGUGCCAUGAAGGUAAAGGUGAUCUCCAUCCUGGAGGAUAACUACAUGUACCUGGUGAUUGAGGAGCAGAGUAAACAGGCUGUAGCUGUGGACCCUGCUGUACCACACCGGCUAUUAGAAAUAGUGAAGAGAGAGGGCUUGACUCUGACUGCUGUUCUCACCACACACCAUCAUUGGGACCAUGCUCGGGGGAAUGAGGCUCUGCUGAAGGAGAUUCCUGAGCUGAAGGUGUACGGGGGAGACGAUCGAAUCGGGGGGCUGACGGAUAAAGUCACCAAUGCUCAGGAACUCAAGUUUAACUCCAUCAAUGUGAGGUGCCUGUUCACUCCCUGCCAUACCUCUGGUCACAUGUGCUACUUUGUUUGGGAGGAUGAGUGCACUGACGCCCCUGCUGUGUUCACAGGGGAUACGUUGUUUAUCGCUGGAUGUGGGCGGUUUCUUGAGGGUACGGCCGAGCAGAUGUACCACAAUCUCACCCAGGUGCUUGGCACUCUACCUCAAGACACGAAGGUGUUCUGCGGACACGAGUACACCAUAAAGAACCUGAAGUUUGCCAUGCUGGUAGAGCCAGAGAAUGAAAAGGUUAAGGAGAUGCUGAGCUGGGCCAGGGCCAGAGAUGAUGAUGACAAACCAACAGUGCCAUCUACCCUCAUGGAGGAGUUUGAAUACAACCCUUUUCUUCGCCUCUCGGAGGAAGGAGUACAAAAGUUCACAGGAAAGACAGACCCCAUAGAGGUGCUGAGGGUCCUGCGGAAGGAGAAGGACAAAUUUAAGAAGCCCAAGGAGAGACUUCCUCCACACGCCAUGUUAGCUUUGGAGUGGGGACUUCUGAGACCCUGAGGUCCAGUUUCAGAUCUCUGAACAUGUGACGUACUCAGCCAUCGAGGAGGAAUAGUUUGAAUGCAACAAGACACAAGACUGUAGAGUGUGGUGUUUGUUGCUUUAACCUUACAUUUAACCAGUUUAUGCUACUGUUGACCCCCACGGGCACGCAGGUUGUUUUACUACCUAUGAAUCAAUGUCUGCACAAAAAAGGCCAGUAUACAGUCAAGCUGCUUUUAUUAAAUAUUCCUGAAAUCAUUUUAAGGACUGGUCUCCCAGUCUGUUAUGCACCAGGAAACAUCAGCCUUUUUUUCCAUUUAAAAAAACUGCUGAGAUUUGUGUAUUUAUUCCUUUAAAUAACUGGUUUGGGGAGAGAAUAAGCUUAAUUUCUUUCUUUGUAUUAAACUGUAGUUCAUGUGAACUUUCUCAUUUAACCUUUUUUACCCAUUUCUGUUUGCACAUACUGUAUAUAUUUUACAAUUGUUCUCUUGCUCAAUUUUGCACUUGAAUGCUCUGAUUAAUCUUAAAAUACAACUUCAGUUAAUUUGCACCUUGUACCCAGUGUUUUGUAACCAGAGUUUGAGAUGUUGUACUCAUUAACUGUACAUGAGAAGGAAAAGAAACAUGCAGUCAGAACAAAUAUGACUGUAAACUGCUUUUCAUCACAAAGUUUACAUCUUCACUUUGCAAAAGCUUAAAUAACUGUAAGUCAGAGUCAAGGUUAUUCAAUAAAACAUAUCAGCCU